GUUCCGCCUUCCGCACCCUCGCAUUUGGUGAUCGACGCAGAGCUCGUCUUUCCCUUUUCUCUCGCUUCCUUUCGUGUUUUCUCGGUUUCACUCGCAGAUCGAUGGCUUCAGUCGCUGGAACGGCCUUCGUGGUCUCGGUUCGUCCGCCGCGGCGGCUGCUGCAGGUAUCUAAUCACCUCUCUGGUCUCAAAUCAGUUUCCUUCACAAGCCAAAGGAAGAGCUUUGUUUCAAUCCGCUCAGCACCGCGCUUCAGGAUUUCUUGUGCUGCCAAGCCAGAGACGCUGGAGAAGGUGUGCUCAAUUGUGAAGAAACAGUUGGCACUCGCUGAGAAUGCUCUGGUUACUGGAGAAUCCACCUUUGUUCAACUCGGGGCUGAUUCUCUUGACACGGUUGAGGUCGUUAUGGGUCUUGAGGAGGAAUUUGGUAUCAGUGUGGAGGAAGAAAAUGCCCAGACCAUUCAGACGGUUCAAGAUGCUGCUGAUAUGAUUGAGAUACUCUUGGAGAAGAAAAAUGCUGCUUAAUAAAACAUAGUCAGAGCGUUUGAGAUUGCGAACUUUUGAGUUGAUGCCCUUCCAGUGUCCUAAGAAGUAGCCUUUCUGUCGAGCAAGAUGUCAUAAGACUCCUCUAUUGCCGUACUUCCCUUCUUGGUCUGUGUCAAUGUGUCAGAUGGAGUUCCUUUUAUUUCUGUCAUACAUAAAUUUGGGCAUAUUCAGAUAUCUUGAUCAUGCUUCAUAAUUCAAUAUUUGUCGGCAUAGUCCCUCUAAAUAUUAUUAAUCACCAUGCGUGUUAUGUUGAA